AUGGCAUCUGUUCAGACUCCUCCUAACGUCCACCAUCCUGGUGCUUCGGCUGCUAUGGCGGCGCAGAUGAACCAAAAACAGAUCCAGGACAUGUACACGAGGUACCAGCAGAUGAAGGAGCAAGGCGUUCCUCAGAAUGACCCCGAAUUCGUCAAGACAAGUCAAUUCUUGAUGAACUUCCAACAGCAGCAGCGAAUACGCAAACAGCAGAGUUUUCUGCAGAUGCAAACUGCCCAGAUGGCACACAAUAUUCCUAAUGGCAACGUCAAUGGGAAUCAACCUGGUCCGCGACCACAGCAGCAACAACCCAUACCGCAUACCACGCAACCUCCCUCGUCAGCUGCUUUGAGUACAUCUGCGUUACCUUCCAGCGCAGGCCCUACUGCCCAGCCAGCUACCUCUUCGCCUUCGACGACGUCCCCGAUGGCCCAAUUCUCCCCCCAGCAGCUAGGUCUACUUAGACAACAGAUCCAAGCCUUUAAGUUACUUAGCAAGAAUACCGGGGUGCCAUACCAGAUGCAACAAGCAUUGAAUGCGCAGCGUCAACGAAGACAGGCAGUUGCUGAACAAUCCACUCAGCCUCCUGUUUCUGCUCCGGCUGCCGCAACACCCGCACCCGAGCCGGUAAAGGCUGACUCUGCUCCUCCCGAGGGAGAUGUCGAGUCUGAAUCUUCGCUACCAAAGGGCCGAACUUUUAAGACAAUUAAAUCCCCAUACGAGGGCGGCCUUGUUCGCAAGGACAUCAGCUACUACGACCAUGGACAACGAAAGCAGCGAUUUAUAAUUCCUAGUAUAUUCCCUACUGGGGUCGACUUUGAGCAGUUGAGGCAUGAGCGAGAGAUCAUUAUCUUCAAUCGCAUGAAGGCGAGAUACGCCGAGUUGAAGGCUUUGCCUGGGAAUAUUGCCCAUUGGGACACCACUAAGGAAAACCUCGAUCCUGAUGACACAUUGAAGCGGAAAGCUAUCAUAGAGUUAAAGUCACUAGAACUAUACGCCAAGCAGCGCGCUUUACGCGAAAAGAUUGGUCGCCAGAUGAUGCAUUAUGAUAAUCUAGCAAUGACUACUAAUCGUAGCCAGUACCGACGGACCAAGAAGCAAAGCGUACGUGAGGCUCGCAUCACCGAGAAGCUCGAGAAGCAGCAGCGAGACGCUCGCGAAAGUCGUGAGAAGAAGAAGCACAUCGACUUCCUCCAAUCUGUGCAACACCAUAAGUCCGAAAUUGCUAGUUCAGCCCAAGCCGCCAGGAGUAAGAUGUCCAGGAUGGGAAGGGCCAUGCACAUGCAUCAUUUCAACAUCGAGAAGGAAGAGCAGAAGCGUAUCGAGCGUACUGCUAAGCAGCGUCUCCAGGCUCUUAAAGCUAACGACGAAGAAGCCUACCUUAAGCUGCUUGAUCAGGCGAAGGAUACUCGUAUCACACACCUUCUCAGACAGACUGAUGGCUUCUUACAUCAGCUGGCGUCCUCCGUUAAAGCACAACAACGACAAGCUGCGGAACGCUAUGGCGAUGAAGUGGGUGAAUUUAUGCAAGAUGAAGAAAGCGAAAUUGACGAAGAGGACGAAGAGGCUGGCCGCAAAAUUGAUUACUAUGCCGUGGCUCACCGUAUUAAGGAAGAGGUUACAGAGCAGGCUAGUAUUCUUGUCGGUGGCACUCUUAAGGAAUACCAACUCAAGGGUCUUCAAUGGAUGUUGUCACUUUAUAACAACAACCUAAAUGGUAUUCUUGCUGAUGAAAUGGGUCUCGGCAAGACGAUCCAGACCAUCAGUUUAAUCACAUAUCUCAUCGAGCGCAAGCUUCAGCGAGGUCCAUAUCUUGUGAUUGUACCUCUGAGUACUUUGACAAACUGGAACCUGGAAUUUGAGAAGUGGGCUCCGUCUGUCAGUCGCGUGGUCUACAAGGGACCUCCGAAUGCGCGAAAACAGCAGCAGGAGAAGAUUCGUCAAGGAAAGUUCCAGGUUCUCCUGACUACUUACGAAUAUAUCAUCAAGGACCGCCCGAUCUUGAGCAAGAUUAAGUGGUUUCACAUGAUUAUUGACGAAGGCCAUCGUAUGAAGAACACGAAUUCAAAGCUGAGUGCUACUAUCUCUCAGUAUUACAGUACUAGAUUUCGUCUUAUUCUUACCGGUACUCCUCUUCAGAACAAUCUAGGUGAAUUGUGGGCGAUGCUCAACUUCGUCCUCCCAAACAUAUUCAAAUCAGUUAAAACCUUUGAUGAAUGGUUCAACACCCCGUUCGCGAACACUGGCGGGCAAGACAAGAUGGAGCUGAAUGAAGAAGAACAGAUCCUUGUCAUUCGCCGUCUCCACAAAGUGUUACGACCGUUCCUGCUUCGUCGUCUCAAGAAGGACGUCGAAAAAGAUCUUCCAGACAAGACCGAGAAAGUUAUCAAAUGCAAAUUCUCUGCCCUCCAAGCUCGCUUGUAUAAGCAGAUGGUCACACAUCAGAAAAUUACAAUCAGCGACGGAAAGGGGGGUAAGACUAAGACCCAAGGUCUUAGCAAUAUGAUUAUGCAGCUUCGAAAACUUUGCAAUCAUCCUUUUGUGUUUGACGAAGUAGAGAACCAAAUGAAUCCUACAAAUACCAGUAACGACCUUUUAUGGCGAACAGCAGGUAAAUUCGAACUACUAGAUCGAAUUCUACCCAAAUACAAGGCCACAGGACAUCGUGUCUUGAUGUUCUUUCAGAUGACAGCCAUCAUGGAUAUUAUGGAAGAUUUCCUGAGGUUCCGUGGUAUUCAGUACCUACGUUUAGACGGUAACACCAAAUCCGACGAGCGAUCCGAUCUUCUGAAGGCCUUCAACGCCCCGGAUUCGCCGUAUUUUAUGUUUUUACUUUCUACUCGUGCAGGUGGUUUAGGUUUGAACUUACAAACCGCCGACACAGUUAUCAUCUACGACUCGGAUUGGAAUCCUCACCAGGAUUUGCAAGCCCAGGAUCGUGCCCAUCGUAUUGGUCAAAAGAAUGAAGUCCGUAUUUUGCGUCUCAUUACUUCGAAUUCGGUUGAGGAAAAGAUCUUGGAGCGAGCCAAGUUUAAGCUCGAUAUGGAUGAAAAGGUUAUCCAAGCCGGUCGAUUCGAUAACAAAUCAUCGGAGACUGAUCGUGAUGCUAUGCUUCGGACGCUGUUGGAAUCUGCGGAUUUGGCUGAGUCCGGUGAACAAGACGAAAUGGAUGACGAAGAGUUGAAUAUGAUUCUUGCACGAAGUGAGAACGAAGUUACCGUUUUCCAGCAGAUCGACGAGGAACGCGCAGCGGAUCCUCUGUAUGGCAACGCUCCAGGUUCAAAACGUAUCCCGCGACUCAUGACGGAAGAUGAGCUUCCCGAAAUCUACAUGAUGGAGGGCAAUCCUGUUGGCGAUGAGCCAGAGGAAGUCUUGGGCCGUGGUGCGCGAGAGCGAACCCGUGUCAAGUAUGAUGACGGCCUCACAGAGGAGCAAUGGCUGAUGGCCGUCGACGAUGACGAAGACACUCCAGAGGCUGCCGCGGCGCGUAAACAAGCUAAGAAGGACAAGCGGGAAACGAACAAGCUCAAGAGGUUAGCGGCACUUAAUGCAUCAAGUGCUAACUCUCCGAGCGCGAGCCGUGCCAGUACCGAGGAAAUCGACACGCCGCCCAAGAAGCGCGGACGCAAGCCCGGUAGUAAAAAUGAGAAACGUAAGGCUGAAGAUGAUGACGGCGAACCACCGGCCAAAAAGCGGCGCGGGCCUCAAGGGCGCCCUCGAGCUUCAAUGGGCAACGGUAGCGAUUCGCGUCUCGGUUUUGAAUUGAGACAAGUUCUUCAGAGGAGUCUGCGCAACCUUUACGACGGAUUGAUGAAUCUCGAAGCCGAUAUCGCUCCCGAGGAUCAGAUCGAGGAUGAUGAUGACGACGAUGAGCCAACCAAGCGAUUAAUUAUAGGACCGUUUGUUAAGCUACCAUCCAAACGCGAUUAUGGUGACUACUAUGUCCUCAUCCAGAAUCCGAUCUGUAUGAACCAAAUACAGGCUAAGAUCAAGAGAGAGGAGUAUAAUAGUAUCAAUGACAUGCGUAAGGAUAUUGUCCUGAUGUGCAACAAUUGCAAAACGUAUAACGAAGACGGAAGUCUUCUUUACUCAGACGCAAUUGUCAUGGAGAAAUUCUUCAACGACCGAGCACAGGAGGAGCUUAAUGAACAUCCGGAACUAGCCGAGCUCGAGGACCCAUCUGGAAAAGAUAGUUCGGUAGCCCCUAGCACAAGCGUGGGAACGCCUCAGUCUUCAGCAAAUACUACGAGGAUAAAGUUGGUAACGAACGGGGCCAGUCAGGGCAAUGCGGGUAUCGGGGGUGGUCAGAGUGACGGGGAACAAUGA